AAUGAAGAAAGAUCACAAACGUCAACAUACAUUUACACUUUGCACAAAUAGGACAAUGAAAUUAGUCAAUACCCCUUAACCUGGAAUUUUUCAUUAUAUAACGUGAACAACUGCAGAAGAAUUAUACUUCAUGCACGGACCAUGUUUCAUCAUCUUCAUCAUCGACAUCAUCAUCAAAUGGGAGGAGCGUGGGCACCCCUGUGUGUCACAGGGCCGCAUCGCGCUGCAGAUGAAGCAUGGCAGGCGACAGCGAGACAAAGCCAGGUGACCAAGCCGAAAAUGAGAGCAACCAACGGCAGCCUUUCCUCAUUGGUGUGGCCGGAGGGACAGCCAGCGGCAAGUCAUCAGUGUGCAGCAAGAUCAUGGAGCUGCUGGGGCAGAAUGAGAUUGACCACCACCAGAGGCAAGUGGCAAUCCUCAGCCAGGACAGCUUCUACAGGGUCCUCACCCCGGAGCAGAAGGCCAAAGCACUAAAGGGCCAGUUCAACUUCGACCACCCAGAUGCAUUUGAUAACGACCUCAUAAUCACAACUCUGUGGGACAUUAAGGAGGGAAAAACGGUGCACAUCCCUGUUUAUGACUUUGUUUCCCAUUCCAGGAAGGAAGAGACAGUGAAAGUCUACCCUGCUGAUGUGGUGCUGUUUGAAGGGAUCCUGAUGUUCUAUUCUCAGCAGAUUCGAGACCUUUUCCAAAUGAAACUGUUUGUGGACACUGAUGCAGACACUCGGCUAUCUCGCAGGGUGCUGCGUGACAUAAGUGAUCGUGGUCGGGACUUGGAAGGCGUUCUAGCACAGUACAUCACCUUUGUCAAGCCUGCGUUCGAGGAGUUCUGCCUACCAACGAAGAAAUAUGCUGAUGUUAUAAUACCAAGAGGAGCUGAUAACGUUGUUGCUAUAAAUCUCAUAGUUCAACACAUCCAGGAUAUUCUAAAUGGCGGUUUGACCAAACGGCUGAAUACGUGGUUUAACGGUUAUGGAACAACGAAGAAUCCACCAAACAUGGAGUCCAGCAGUCGGCCACACUGAACACAGCGCUGUCCUGAGGAGAGGAAGGAAGGUUCACCUGCACGUGCUGAAUGUGCUCCACAGCGUGGCUAACAAGGCAGGAGUAGCUGCCAGGAAAUCAAAAGGCCUGCUUUUGAUAUGAUUCUGCUUGAAUUGAGCAAAUCAAUCAGAUGAAGGGAUUUUUUUUCCCCUUGUGGAACUGGUUUAAAGCAGUUGUUUUAUUUUUCUCUUUUGCUUGUGUACUGUAUGAGAUUGAAAGAGGAUGAAUACUAAGGGGCACACUUAUAAUUUAGUCUAAAACUGCCGCUUGCCUUUAACACAGCACUGAAACGGAGUAACUAAAAGAAGCAGUUAUGACGUCUAAAAAAGAUUUCUAAACACUUGACAGCCUUUAAUCAUACAAUAAAUGCAUUGUAGCAACAUGCUGUUUAAUGGCAGGGCCAUACCCUAUCACUACAGUUAAAGGUUCACCCUGUGACCUGACUGAUCCCCUUUAUUGAUGCAAAUUUCCAUUUUUUUUUAAAAACUCCAUAUAAAGCAUAUUUUGACUUCUAGAAAGGUGUAUGUAAUACUGGGUUGAGAUUUUUUGCUGUUUGUGUCAUGUGGCCCUGAGCUGUACUUGCUUUGUCAUGUGUAAAUUUAAAUAAGUUAUUAGGCAAAUGAAACAACCGAUUUCCACCUCACAUCAUCUGAUGUAUGACAUCAUCUCCAAAGAUCAUUUUCCAUACAGUCUUUGUGGACUAAUCAUUUUUUAUUUUUUAUUUACCUGAAUGUGGUAUUGACAUAAUUGUAACUCACUUAAGACGUCGAUGUAACAUAAAGAACAGUUAAUUAUGUCAUUAUGGAAUUACCACAAAGUAUUAUUUUUGUUCGAUUCCCUUAAACUUGAAUCCUCAGAUGCACAUGUAUGCAAGUGUCACUCACAAGAAGACGCAUUCAGCUGUGAAAUGUCAUGAAGUACAAGACAGCCACUGUAAAUGUGAUCUGUAAAUGUUUAAUGCAGGUUUUCUUCCUGUAUUCAUAUUUCUAAUGAUAAAGUUCUCAGGUACACUUUCUUUGCUUCGAUUAACAUAUUCGUCACUGACAAAUUCUUGUAUUUGAUUUAAAAAUAUUCAUAUCCAUGUCUGGUUGUAAUCUUAUGUUACUCUGUUUUGGUUAAGUCUCAUUGUUCUGUUUUAAUCUGUACUUAGAGAGGAAAGUGCCACAUGCUGCUCAGUGCUCUUCUCUAGCUACACAGAAAAAUUUCAUUUGCUUCUAGUUUACAAACACUGUGGAGUGAUGUAGUUGCAGUCAGGGCCACUGAGGACACUGAGGUCAUGCCAUUUUUCCUGGAAUAUGAGGGCUUACACAUGGUGAAUACAUUAUAAGCUUUUUGACAUAGCAAAAUUGACUGCUGACACAUUGUCAUGGAAGAGAAUGAAGCCAUCAUUAUUUUUGAAAGACCCACCAUUGACUGUUGUGUUUUGGAGGAAAUUCAUCCUUGGCAGUGUGAAGAAAACAUUUAAAAUCUUCAUGUUGGGAAUGCAAAGACAGAAAAUCUAAUUUAACAAUUAAUUAAACAUGAAAAUCCUAAUAUCAAGAAAAGGGUUUUAGGGGUUUGUUGGGGGAGCUUGGGUUCAUGACCUCAGUCCUGGCUAUGGCCCUGAACUGCAUGUAAUGUCUACAGCUGUUUCCCAAAUCCAUUCUGCAUCCUAAUUCUCUAGUUUGCAGUGUGUUCACACUAGAAAAGUGAGAAAAUAAAACAGUUAUGAGUCAGUAUGCAGAAUAAAAAAAACUUUCAAAACUUU